GAGAGCAUAAACUUUUAGAAUGCCGGACAAUUAAAUAACAUUUAAUUUUGCUUUGAGUGAUAACUUUGAAUUCAGUGUGAUUGUUGUUCGGCUGCAAGUGUAAAAUGAACCCCACAACCACCGGCUGCAGAUUGUGUUUGGAUCCCUUCGGAGACAGCUUUACCACGAUCGAAAAUCCGGAGCUGCAGGACCAGAUGAAGAAAGUGUUCCGCUUUGCGGUUGAACCCAGACAAGGAUACUGCUCUGGUGUGUGCCAAAGCUGUUCGUACACCAUCUCCGAGUUCCACCGAUAUUCGGAGCGAGUACGCCAGAAUCAAGAACAACUGCUAAGCGGAACAUCAACCACCUCUGAACCAACCAUGGAAUAUAAGCCUACCGUCGAAUUGAUCAUCAACUCCGAGCAUCAGGAACAGACGGUGGAUGAUCCUCCGGAAUCCAAAACAGAGAGCUCCAAACAGGUAGAUCAAUGUGCAAGUUCAGUCGCAGACAAACUAGAACUUAAAAUGGAAAUCUCAGAUGAGGUACUUCAAUUUGCAACUGCUGACGAGGAACCUCUUCUGGAAAAACUAAAAUCUGAAAAUUCCGAUUCGGAUGAAAAUGAGCCAACAACUUCGAAACAACACCCUACGGAGUCGCAAGAGGAAAUGGACGAAGAAGAUCGACUUGCCAAUGAACAAUUCGCCAUGACCUGCGAUCUUUGCAACUCGCCGACAUUAUCCUUCAACCUGCUCCAUAGACAUUUCCAGGAAAAGCACAAUCGCCGUAGGGCUUACAUAAUCUGCUGCAACAAGAAGUAUUCGAAGAAAGCUUCAAUCCUGGAUCACAUCCAUUAUCACAUCAAUCUGGAUGCAUUCCGGUGCAAGCUAUGCAGCAAAAAGUACGACGACAGAGAAACCCUAAACAAGCACAUGCAGAAGACUCAUUCAAGCGAAAAUCAUCGCCCUCACCGGUGUGAUCGCUGUCCGCGGACUUUUAAGGAGAAGGGUGAUCUGGAUCUGCACAAGGAACAGCAUAAGAAUAUCCCGUGUCCUCAGUGUGACAAGUUUUUCUGCAGCGCGGGGUCCCUGAAGACGCACAAGAUCAACUACCACGGUAAGGAUCGUUCCAAGGUGUGCGACGUCUGUGGCCGGAAGUUCAAAAGCAAGGAAGGCUUCCAACAGCACAUGAACGAACAGCACAUGGGAAUCGAGGUAGAGCGACUGAAGUGUCACGUCUGUCAACGGUCGUUGAAGGGCCGGAAGAACCUUCGCAAUCACAUGAAGGUUGUUCAUGGCAACAAUGAGCGGGAAUUCGAGUGCGACAAAUGCCUGCAUAAAUUUGCUUCCAUGAGUGACUUGAGAAGUCAUCUGACCAUAGUGCAUGAGGAGGCAAAACACGAGUGCAACAUUUGCGGCAAAAUGUUCAAACGGGCGUUGGGCUUGAAGGAACAUCAAGCUACCCAUACCGGUGAAGUGCUGUAUAACUGCGAGUUUUGUGAAGUAACGACAAACUGCAGAGCGAACAUGUAUAAGCACGUCAAGCGGAAGCAUUCGGUGGAGUGGGAACAGAAACAGUUGAAUUCAGCUCAGCCCCAGGAGAACGACACUGCUUAGACAGAUGAGCCUUGUAUUGAUUAGAAGUAGUG